AUGUCGACGGAGGCUGCCUCGCGGAAGCGCAAGGCGGAGCCUGAACCCGCCGAGGACCUGGGGCUCGGUGGGCUUUAUGACUUCCUUCCCCCUCCCGAUCCCGAGAAGGACAAGGCUACAGCUGCCAAGGCACGGAAAGCCGAGCAGCUAAGCACGCGGCCAAAACUUCCGCCCGUCGACAGGUCCAGAGUCAUAUUUCUGGAUGUUGAUGGUGUCCUUCUCCCAGCCGGCAGCGUCGAAAUGAUAUUCAUCGACGGCGUCAUGCUGCCUGUGCGGGCGGCAAAAGAAGCGGACUUCAACAGAACUGCGCUCUCCAACCUGCGGGCAAUAGUGCAGCAGACUGGCGCUUCGAUCGUGCUGUCUUCUGAGUGGCGGCGAAAGGAGGAGAUGAGGGACAACAUCCGAAGAACUCUUCAAGCCCAGGACAUCCCUGGGUUUCAAGAUUCUACACCAAUCUUCCAACCCUCGGCAGAGCUGGUGAAGCAGAGGCUCGAUCAGGCCAUCAUCUGGGCCGAGCGUCGUGCUCGAGAGAUAGGCAACUGGCUGAAGCAGCACAAGGAAGUCAAGGCUUGGGUGGCGAUCGAUGAUAUCGACUUUAGCUGGGCUGACAGUGUCAAGGUGUCGGGAACACCGCUGAUGAAGCACCGAACAGUCCUCACGAACCCGAAGUACUGCAUAACAGAGAAGGAUGCGGAAGAGGCUGUCCGCAUCCUCCUCAACCCUCCCGUCAUUGCUCCUGGCGAGGAGGCAGAUGCCAUCGCUGCUGCCAGAUAUUUGACGGAAGAGGCACUCGCAAAAUGCGCCGGGGCCGGACUGAUGUGA